UUUUUUUUAUUAAAUUUUUUUUCUAUCAGCAAAAAUUUGCCCUUUUUAUUCCUCUUUAAUGAUAAAGAAAAGAAAAUCCCUGUUACAAACACAUAUAGUCAAGCAAAACAAAUUUCCACAUUGGACAUGACCAAAAAAAAAUCUCAAUUCUGCAUUCUGAGCUCUUCAUUUCUCCAUCAGUACAUGGGUGGCAUGUUUCAUUUUGUCUUAUUCUUUUUUUUCCCCAGUUACAUUUUGGAAUCAUUUUUGACAAUUGUUCUCUGACAUCUUAGAUUCAGAUUCUCUCCUCUCUCUCCCCUUCCCUGCCCUCCCUGAGAUGGUACAUAGUCUGGCAGAGGUUAUACCACUACUUUCAUGCAUUACAUAUUUCCAUAUUGAUCAUGUCAGGAUAGAAGACACAUAACACACAUAAAUAAAAAUCUCACAAUAAAAAAUAAGAAUCUCAUAUAAGAAUUUCACAAAGGAAACAAAGUGGAAGGUGGCAUGCUUUGAUCUGCACUCAGACUCCAACAUGUGGGUGGCAUGUUUCAUCAUUAGUCAGUGCUCUGAAAAUCCUGGUUAGUCAUUACCCUGAUCAGAGUUCCCAAGUCUUUUAAAGUUAGGUGAUUUUAACAAUAUCACUGUCUUUGGCUAAAUGACUCUGUUCCCUUCCCUUUUCAUCAGUUUAUGCAAAUCUCUCAGAUUUUCCCUGAAACCAUCAUCCCCUUUAUCAUUCCUUAUGGCACAAACAUAUUCCAAUACUUGUUCGGCCAUUCUCCAACUGACAGAUCCCUUCAUCCCUUCAGUUUCCAUUUCUUUGUCACCAUAAAAAAAAAAAAGAGCAGCUAUAAAUAUUUUUCUGCAUUUGGGCCCCUUUCCUCUUUCUUUGGGGCAGCUAGGUGGUGCAAUGGAUAGAGAGUACCAGGCCUGGAAGAUCUGAUUUCAAAUACAACCUCAGACACUUACUAGCUGUGUGACCCUAGGCAAGUUACUUAACCCUGUUUGUCUCAGUUUCCACAUCUGUCAAACGAGCCAGAGAAGGAAAUGGCAAAUUACUCCAGAAUCUUUGCCAAGAAAACCUCAAAUGGGAUCACAAAGAGUGGGACAUUUCUGAAAUGACUGGAUGACAAAACCUCUUUCUUAAGGCCUCCUAUUAGUAGGUCAAAAAAGAUUCUAGUCAUAGGCUGGUAAGUUUUUUGAGCAUAGUUCCAAAUUGCUUUCCAGAAUUCAGAGCUCUCAUUUUACAAAGAAUGAAACAGACUCAGAGAGGGGAAAGGCAAUUAGUUGGCAGGUUCCAUAUUAGAAACUAGGCCUCUAGAUUCAUAGCCACAAGACCUUCAGGUAUUUCCUCAGAGAUGAGACAUUUUGAAAUCUAUUAACCCCUCUUCAAGAACUGAGUCUAGUAAUUCAGGGCUAUAUCCUUCCCUCAUGGAUGGUCUAAAGAAAGAAUAUGUUGAUGUCUGGUGGUUUCCUUCAGGAAAUGGAAGGAUCUGGCCCUCAACCUGGACACAGGAAAAUCUCCAGGGAAUCAGCAAACAUUUAUCAUUUACUUAUUUGGUGUUAAGUGCAUUGUUAAUCAAUAAAAGACAAGACUGAAACAAUUCCUGCCCUCAAGAAGCGAACAGUGUAGGGUGCUGCGGUGGUAGUGGUAUAACAUAUACACCACAGACAUAACAUAAAUGAAAGGGCAGCUAGGAAGCAAAGUGAUUAGAGUGCUGGGCCUAGAGUCAGGAAGACCUGAGUUCAAAUGUGGCCCUGAACAAGUCACUUAACCCUACUUGCCUCAUUUUCCUCAUCUGUAACAUGAGCUAGGGAAAGAAAUGGCAAACCACUCCAAUAUUUUUGCCAAGAAAACCCAAAGAGGGGUCAUUAAGAGUCAGACCCAACUGAGCCACAAGAAGAUAUAAAAUAAUGGAAGGUGGAGAUAGGGAAGGCUCUUUAAAUGUAGGGAUCAGGAAGAACCUCAUAUAAGAGAUGGCAUACUUGAGCUUAGAAGGAAGCCAAGUCCUAGAAGAAGCACAAGUGGGUCAAUCAUCAACUAAUAUUUAUUAAACUCCUAUUAUGUGCCCAGCAUUGUGAUCAGCACUACUGUGAAUUUUACAGGCAAUAGUAGGCCAGUGGAACAGCUGGACAGGAGGUGAAUGUUUUGUAGAACAAACAGCAUGGAGACCUUAAAAGGCACCCGAGGGUGUGAUACAGAGGUAUCAGUCCAUCAAUUGUAUCAGAUCUGCAUUUAUUAAGCACCUAAUGCAUGCCAGGUAAAGAAUUAAAUAAUCUCUACUGGAAAAUGGAACUGUAUUUUAACGGAUUUGAUCCUAGAAGCACCAUUUGGGAGCCACUGCAGCUUAUGGGGAGGUGAGGUGGCACGAUCAAAUCUGUUUUAGGAACAGCCCGAGGGUAGUGGAGUGGAGCCUGAUGGGUAAAGGAAACAAGGCCGAUUAGGAGGAUCUCAAAGCAUAUUAACUCUCAAAGCUUUUAGAGAUGAAUGGAUUCUGGCCCAGAAGGGGUGGGGGAAAAUGGAGCAGGAAAGGGGCUCAAUCACCAAUUGUAGAUUCCCUCCCCCACCCCCAACUCCGAUCGAAGGCUCCACCUCACCCCCCGGGGAGGAGCGAGGUGGUGCAGAAGAGGCUUCUGGAAGGCAGAGUGCCAGAGAUGGCGCUAGAACCGGAAGCGAACUACAAUUCCCCCUCCUUGGCCCGCAGGUCUCGAACCAAGGCCCUCGGCUUGGAAGCCAGCUCCCUUUCCCACUCUUCUAAUGGCCUCCGGAAGAGUCAACGAAGACGUGGGACUCGAACCUGCGACCAAGAAAUAUCGUCUGCCAACCCAGUCUAGGCCGAGGCCGGGCUGCAACAGCCAUACUGUGCCUUUAAGACGGCACUCGUUACUUCUUGAUUUGUUUACGUCUCCUUUCGCCCUCUCUAGUUUCAAAAGGUGCGAGUUUUAGAUAUCCCUCCGCAAAUGGCCUUUCUAGGCUCACUUUUUUGAUAAAACCUAAUAUUGGCAGUCCUUCGGGAUCCAACUCAGAUUCACAGAUGGAUUAGGAUUCCAUCCUCAAUCCUUCUGGGUUAAUACCUUUGUGUAUAGGGCUAAAAAACCGAUUAUAAUCGGGGACUAUUUUUUUGGAAUGAACCAUUUUACCUUUGGUACAAGAAACAUUGACGAGCCUCGGAUUUGUUUCACUGAGAAGAAGAACUUGAAAAUAUCCUUUAAAACAUAUCCUCCUUGAAAAAUUACACCACCAGUUUCAUCUGGGACUGGCGAGUCUUCUCUUAUGCUUUAAACACUAUGGUAUCGUCCAGAACCCGCCCAAAUCUCUCUGAGAUUGGCUAGCCUCGCUCCGCUCAUCUAGCUCACUGUGUCCAAUGGUAGUGCACGUUUCGGUCGCACCGAAGUGGCGGCUGAGGAGGCGGGGUUGGGAGGCACCCCUCGCGUGCCUGACGAUUGGCUGAUCCGGCCAACGCAUGGGGACGCUAGUCCCAAGAGACAGCGGACUACGAGUCCCAGCGUGCCGCGGGAGAGUCUACCGUGCGCUUGCGCGGGGGCGGGGCGGGCUAGCUCCUUUAUAUAAGGAAGCACAGAGAGCUGGGAGGCAGCAGUUGGAAGUUGGCAGGUGAAGGAGGCAGGUUGGGAGGGGGAAAAGUAAAGGAGGAGGCGGAAGCAGUGCUGUCGGAAGGGGGAGGGGGGAAGGAGGAGGAGGCGGAGGAGGAGGAGAGCUUAGAGCAGAGCGCGGAGCCUAGGGGGAGAUGAGUUUGUCCGUCCUCGGCUGAGGCUCCGGCCGGGGCCAGGGAGCGGGGAAGCAGGGGCCGGAGCGACACCCGUGGAAGUGGGAGGAAGUGGUCGGAAGUGGUCCUGGGACUUUAACCCCUUGUGGGCUCUGCGGCAGGGGAUUUAACCCUUUGCGGACCCAGGCCCUCGAAGGCGGCGUCAUCUGGUGGCAUUAACCCUUUCGGGGCUGGGUUCUUUAACCCUUUGGACUUUUUCACCGUGCUGCUUCUGCUCUCGCUGGCUUUGCCCCCAACUCUGUUGGGGGGAGGACUUGGGGGGGGGGCCUGAGGCGAGCCCUCCCCCAACAUACCCGCAUACCUACCGCUUCUGGUGCUGCAGAACUUGAGCCCUACCAGCUAGCCCGCCUGGCGACCUGGGGGGUGUUUAACCCUUUGCUGACCCCGAAGCUCCCCUACCAAGUUUGAGGUGGAGUUUGUAGGCGGAAGGCUUGACCAUAGAAGACGUCCGUCCGUCCAUCCGUAUUACUGGCGUUCAGGAGAAGACCCGCGGGACAUUUAAAAAGACUUUUUUCUUUUAAAAGAGAAAAGAAAGGACUUUGUGGCUAUAAAAAUAUUACUUCCAACUCUACCAGAAGAAGACUCCGUCCAGUCAUGGCCGAGUGUCAGCAGCAGCAACAGACUUCUCAAACUUCUUCCAACUGUACAGGUGCUAUGGGUAGAGCCGAGCGUUAUACCGAGCCCCCCGGGGAGGACUGUAGGUGGCAAUCGAGAGCUUCCUCUGAACUUGAUGAGAUCCUUGGGAAAGAAGAGGGAGGGGGGAACCCAGCCCCAGCUCCCCCUCCCAGGCCGACUCUGGCGUGCCUAGACCCCGGCUGCCCAGAGGGGGGCGAGAAGGGCCAGAACCACGACAAUCUGACAGCUGUCGGGACUGCUGCUGCUGCUGCUCAGCCUUUGGGUGAGGGGCAUAGGCCCGGAACCCAGCCCCCGCAGUCGUGCCAAGGUUAUGGGGGCGACAAGUUUGCAGUUCCUGUCGGGCAGGAGGAGGAGGCCUGGCGGCAGCAGCAACAGCAAAGACAACUGGGGAAGAAGAAGCACAGGAGACGGCCUUCCAAGAAGAAGCGGCACUGGAAGCCUUACUACAAGCUGACCUGGGAGGAGAAAAAGAAGUUCGACGAGAAGCAGAGCCAGAGGGCGUCCCGGGUUCGAGCCGAGAUGUUCGCCAAAGGACAGCCGGUCGCCCCCUAUAAUACGACCCAGUUUCUAAUGGAUGACCACGACCAGGAGGAGCCAGACCUCAAAACCGGCCUCUACACCAAGCGGGCGGCGGCCAAGUCGGACGAUACGAGUGAUGAGGACUUCUUGGAGGAGGCCGGGGAGGAGGAUGGGGGCAGUGAUGGGAUGGGGGGGGACGGAAGUGAGUUUCUCCAAAGGGACUUCUCCGAGACUUAUGAACGGUACCAUGCGGAGAGCCUCCAGAACAUGAGCAAGCAGGAAUUGAUCAAAGAAUAUAUGGAGCUGGAAAAGUGUCUCUCCAGGAUGGAGGACGAGAACAACCGGCUGAGGUUGGAGAGCAAGAAGUUUGGGGAGGACUCCCGGGUAAGAGAACUAGAGUUGGAGCUGGACAGGCUAAAAGCCGAGAAUCUCCAGUUGUUGAAAGAGAAUGAACUGCACAGACAGCAGGAGAGAGCGCCUCUUUCCAAGUUUGGAGACUAGUCAAACUUUUUUGGGGAGGGGGAAAAAGGGACUUUUUACGGUGAUGGAAUGUAACAUUAUAUACAUGUGUAUAUGACAGUGAACCUUUUUAUGACAUAAUCAAAAAAGAAAAACCCCAUGGCUUUGUAUUGUUUUAAAAUUUUAGCUAUAAUGUAGUGGUUUUUUUUUCCUGUUCUUUAAUUAUGUGAAUCUGAAGGGUUGCUUUUCUUGUUCUCCUUUUUAGAAGAGAUGAAUGUGUAUUUUUUGGAUGUAAGUAAAUUUGACUCAGAUUAUAAUGCAUUUUUCUGUUUAACCAAAAAGAAAAAAGAAAAAACCCCUUAAAACAGGGAGUUGUAAGGUGGCCAAAUCUGAAAACCAUUAAAUCCAUUCUAUAGUUACAAUAAAUUUAAUAUUUAUAAAUGUAA